AUGGCCAAUGAUUCUGACGUGCACAGGCUGGACAAGGCCCUGCUGGAUCUCACAGAAGCACAGCCAGAUGACGCAGUGGUGACGCUCCUGCGUGUGGCCCCGUCCUGUGACAGAGGCCGCGCGGGCUCUUCUCCAGGCUCCCGUGGGCCAGAGCCGGGUGCCUGUGGAGCCCCGGCCCAGCGGCGCUGCGGGGCGGGCCGGCACCGCCGCUCCCCGGGCAGCAGCCGGCCCUCGGGCCCCUCCUCUCGGGAGCCCGCCCUCGAACGCCUGACGGAGGACAUGAGCAGUGCCGUGUCCGAGCUGGCACUUGAAACACUGCAUGUCCUCCGAGCAACAGCGAGCGGGCGAUAUUCCAUCUUCCAGAGGCUGCAAGAUCAGCUGCGCAGGGCAUGGAUGACUCGGCCUCGGCCUCCCUCUCUCCCGAUCCUUUUCCGGCCGGCGACGCCCUCAGACCUCCUCCCGCCCGCCCCCAACAUCUCGGUGACGCCGCCCAAGGCGCGGUUCCUCAUCGGCGACACCGUGUCCAUCUCCUGCUCCGCGCCGCCGCCGCCCGGCUCCGACCGCAUCCAAGGCUUCCGCUUCACCGGCACGGCCGGCUGGGUCAGCGACGUCCGCACGUCCCGCCCGACGUCCGUCCACUCCUUCACCGUCACCGGCCCCCGCGACGGCGGCUUCCACACCUGCUCCUACAGCGUCCUGCGGCGCGGCCGCGGCGUCCUCCACUCGCCGGCCAGCGCCGCCGUGGUCAUCAACGUCCGAGACCGCCCGACCCCACCCAACCUGACGGUGACGCCCUCCGUGGUCACGGUGGAAGGGCAGCCCCUCGUCUUCCUCUGCGCGGCCCCGCCCGGCCCCGCCCCGCGCCGCUUCCGCUUCCUCCAGGAGGAGCUCGAGGUGGCCCAGGAGGUCCCGGAAGGUUCCGGAAGCGUCCGGCUGCGGGUGGAGAGGAGCGGCCAGAACCAGACCGGGAACUUCAGCUGCCGCUACGAGGAGAUGACCGAGGGGCGCUGGAUCGCCUCCUACCCCAGCCGCGCCGUCCGCGUGGUGGUGGAAGACCCGUGCCCCGCCCCGGUGCUGUGGGUGGAGCCUCCCUCGGGCGUGGUCGCCGCGGGUCACCGGCUGCGCCUCACUUGCUCCGCCCCCCCGCGCCACUUCCGGCGCCGCUUCCGCUUCUUCCGCGACGGCGCCGAGCUGGCUGGUGAUGUCAUCGGUGACGUCAUCGGUGACGUCAUCGGUGAGGUCGCCGGGGACGGGUCGGAGCUGCUGUUCCCGCGGAUUUCCCCGGAAUUUUCUGGGAAUUUCAGCUGCCUGCUGGAGGAGGAGGUGGGCGGGGCCUGGGUGGAGGCCCCGCCCAGCCAAGGCGUGGCCGUGGUGGUCGUGGGGGGUUUCUCGCCCCCAGCUGAGUUCGAGUUCCUCCCAUUGGUCAUCGGUGGCGUCGUGGGCGUGGUCUUGCUGCUGCUGGCGAUCCCAUUGGCUGUUUGGCUGUGCCGGAGGAGGAGGGGGGGGUCCCGCUGGCGGGGGCUGAGCCCCGGCGACGACACCGGCACCCUCCGCAUGGGGGACCUCGAGGUGGCCGCCUGAGCCGAGCCACGCCCACCAAGAUGGCCGCCAGCAUGCCCGGACCAUGAGCAGAAGAUGGCCGACAACAUGGAGACCACACCCCGGAAAUGCUGCCGAGGCCACGCCCCCAAGAUGGCCAACGAGGUGCAGACCACGCCCAAAAUGAUGCUGAGACCACACCCACAAGAUGGCCGACACAUCACAGGCCACACCUCCAAAAGAUACCAAGACCACACCCCCAAGAUGGCCGACAACUUGCGGGCCCAGCCCCAAAAUAAUGCUGUGACCACACCCCCAAGAUGGCCAGAAAAUUGCAGACCACGCCCCCAAAAUGCUACCCGGACCACACCCCCAAGAUGGCCGACAAGACGCAGGCCCCGCCCCCAAAUUAUGUUGAGGCCACGCCCCCAAAGGGUGCAGAGGCCACGCCCCCAAUAUGGCCCUCAUCUCUGAGGCCACGCCCCCAAAGGCAUCAAGGCCACACCCCCAAAUGGUGGAUGAAAUAAAGUCCACGCCCCCAAGAUGGCCGCAGGUGUUGAGGCUCUGCCCCCAAGAUGGCGGCAGUGGGGGGGGCCAGGGGGAGGCAGCCAAUGGGGAUUGGUGGAUCUGAUGGUGCCUUGUCCUGAUUGGCCGUUUUGGAUUUGGGGGCUUUUAAUGCAAAUGAGAUGCUAAUGAGGGACA